UCUUCUGGCUCAGUAUAAAAACUCGGGACUCUUCACAUUCUGUCCUUUUUUCCCCUCUACUCUAAAUCAGGACAUCUUUAGUUGCUGGGCACAGAACCAGUGCAUCAAAAUGGGAAAGGAAAAGAUCCACAUCAACAUCGUGGUCAUUGGCCAUGUCGACUCCGGCAAGUCCACCACCACCGGCCAUCUGAUCUACAAGUGCGGAGGAAUCGACAAGAGAACCAUCGAGAAGUUCGAGAAGGAAGCCGCCGAGAUGGGCAAGGGCUCCUUCAAGUACGCCUGGGUGCUGGACAAACUGAAGGCUGAGCGUGAGCGUGGUAUCACCAUCGACAUCGCUCUCUGGAAGUUUGAGACCGCCAAGUACUACGUGACCAUCAUUGAUGCCCCUGGACACAGAGACUUCAUCAAGAACAUGAUCACUGGCACCUCUCAGGCCGACUGCGCCGUGCUGAUCGUUGCUGCUGGCGUUGGUGAGUUCGAGGCCGGUAUCUCCAAGAAUGGCCAGACCCGUGAGCACGCCCUGCUGGCCUACACUCUGGGUGUUGCCUUUGUCCCCAUCUCUGGGUGGCACGGAGACAACAUGCUGGAGGCCAGCGACAAGAUGGGCUGGUUCAAGGGUUGGAAGAUCGAGCGUAAGGAGGGCGGUGCCUCUGGCGUUACCCUGCUUGAGGCUCUGGACUCCAUCCUGCCCCCAGCCCGCCCAACAGACAAGCCCUUGCGUCUGCCCCUGCAGGACGUCUACAAGAUUGGCGGUAUUGGAACUGUCCCCGUCGGCCGUGUUGAGACCGGUGUCCUGAAGCCCGGCAUGGUCGUCACCUUCGCUCCCCCCAACCUGACCACUGAGGUGAAGUCUGUGGAGAUGCACCACGAGUCUCUGACUGAAGCUCUUCCCGGUGACAACGUCGGCUUCAACAUCAAGAACGUGUCCGUCAAGGAGAUCCGCCGUGGAAACGUGGCUGGCGACAGCAAGAACGACCCACCCAUGGCAGCUGACAACUUCACCGCGCAGGUCAUCAUCCUGAACCACCCCGGUCAGAUCUCCCAGGGUUACGCCCCCGUGCUGGACUGCCACACCGCUCACAUUGCCUGCAAGUUCAGUGAGCUCAAGGAGAAGAUCGACCGUCGUUCUGGCAAGAAGCUUGAGGACAACCCUAAGGCUCUCAAGUCUGGAGACGCCGCCAUCAUCACCAUGGUGCCCGGAAAACCCAUGUGUGUUGAGAGCUUCUCCCAGUAUCCUCCACUGGGUCGCUUUGCUGUGCGCGACAUGAGGCAGACCGUGGCCGUCGGUGUCAUCAAGUCAGUUGACAAGAAGCUCGCCUCUGGUGGAAAGGUCACCAAGUCUGCACAGAAGGCCGAAAAGAAGAAAUGAAUUCACAUGCAGGACGUCCAACAAAGAGUCACGUCUCAGCAGCAGCGGCCCGCACCAUCCCUUCUUCUUCUUCCCUGCCACCCAGCGCCGUCUGCUCUGAGGCAGAGCUCUCUACUUAAGGACUGGCUUAUGCUGAUUAAAACCCAUCGGAAAAGUUUCCGCAGGAAAGGAAGGCUUGUGCCUUUUAGGGAAAGCUGUGAUCAUAAUUAAGUUGAAACCAAAACAAUAAAAAUCUUAAACAUU